AUGACGGAAAAGCAGACCCAAGAUCUUAAGGUGGAGGAAGCGUUAAAAGGUGCAGACAUAAAACUGCUACUGAUCGAUUUUGAUGGAACUCUAUUUGUAGAUAAAGAUAUUAAGGUGCCGAAGGAAAAUAUUGAUGCAAUUAAAGAAGCGAUUGAAAGGGGAUACAUGGUUAGUAUAUGCACAGGGAGAUCCAAAGUGGGAAUCUUAAGUGCAUUUGGUGAAGAAAAUUUAAAAAAGAUGAAUUUUUAUGGGAUGCCAGGUGUGUAUAUUAAUGGAACAAUAGUGUAUGACCAGAUUGGUUAUACCUUACUUGAUGAGACUAUAGAAACGGAUGUAUAUGCUGAAUUGAUAAGUUACCUUGUUGAAAAUAAUUUAGUAAAUCAAACAAUUUUCCAUAGAGGAGAAUCUAACUAUGUCACAGAAGAUAAUAAAUAUUCUGAUUUUUUACAAAAAAUGUAUAGCGAAAACAAAAGUAUAAUAAUAAGACAUAAUGAAAUGUUAAAAUAUAGAACUAUGAAUAAAUUAAUGAUUGUUUUAGAUCCAUCAGAAUCUAAACGGGUAAUAGGGGAUUUGAAACAGAAAUUUAAAAACAAACUAACAAUAUUUACAACAUAUAAUGGACAUGCAGAAGUAACCAAAUUAGGUCAUGAUAAAUAUACAGGUAUUAAUUAUCUCCUAAAACAUUAUAAUAUUUCCAAUGAUCAAGUUUUAGUAGUGGGAGAUGCUGAAAAUGACAUUGCAAUGCUUUCAAAUUUUAAGUAUUCCUUUGCUGUUUCGAAUGCCACUGAAUCUGCCAAAUCCCAUGCCAAAUGUGUCCUUCCCUUGUCACACAAAGAGAGUGCGGUUGCUUAUUUGCUGAAGAAGGUUUUUGAUUUGAAAAAGUGA